AUGCGUUUCUUCCGGACCCUUGUCGCUCUCCCUCUGAUCGCAGGCGCCAUCGCUAGCCCUCUUGAGACACGCGCUACUCUCGAGAGCUGCUCUGUUGAGAGAGCGCAGAUGAUCAACAACGCACUCGCCCGGGCCGCAAAGAUGGCCGAAGCCGGCGCCAACCUCAUCCGCAGCGAAUCCGACUACUCGUACAACCUCUUCCAGAGCUUUUUCAAGACCAGCAGCGUCCAGUCCCGCAACCGCGUCGCAGGUAUCUUGGACAAGAUUGCCACAGAGGCCACGGACGGUAACAAGGGAGUCGUGAGCUACUACUGCACUCAGGAUGGCAUCGACUGUGUUGACACCCACGAUUUCACCAUGACUGCGUACGGUGAGACAGAUGGAACUUACGGAAGAAUCCGGACUUGUCCUGCGUACUUCACCAAGUUCCCUGCAUCGUCAAACACCUGCGAUGUUCUGGAUCAGGCUACCUCUACCUUGCACGAGAUGGCCCAUACCAAGGGCAUCUUCGGUCCUGAGACGUAUGGCUAUGAUACUGUUCAUGGGCUGAGUUCUUCUGCCGCCCUUGAGAAUGCUGAGAGCUAUGCUUUCUUCUCCAAGUCGGCUUUCCUCAACUGCGAGAUCACCAACUAA